AUGGCCGAUUUCGACGAGCUGUUGCCGGAAAAGAAACGUUGUCUCACUCUGAGCAGAUGCUGUUGGACACAGGCUGUUAAAACAAUUCUUCUGCAGAUUCCUUCCCUUGGAAAACAGGUAUCUGCGGCUGCAGGCUACUCAAAGUUUGUAAGCAGUGAAAUGAGCAAAGCUGAAGCAUUGCUAAAGGGCCUCAACAGAACCGAGCGACAAAGAAUACUCGAUGAUUAUAACCAACAUGGAGCCAGGACCAACCAACCUUCAAUAAAGCCCGUCUUUGCGCCCACUUCUACUCUCUCAGGUACACCCGCCUUAGCCAAUAACAAUAAUAGUAGUAGUAGCAGUAAUCUAUCCACGCCAGUUGGCAUCAUCCCACUGAAGGAAGAAAUAGUGGCACGGGCAGCUGCACUUGGGCGUGGUGCCACAACGGGCAUACGGCGCAUCCUAGCUUUAAUCGAGUCCACUACCAAGGAUCUAAAGGAUGGACCCCUUAGAAAACUUUUCAUCGGGUAA